CUCUUCUCUCUCUCUCUCUCUGUCUCUCUCUCUCUGUCGGUAGUCUAACCGGAGCGACGGUUCGGAUCGCUCGCUUCUUGGUUCGGCUCCUUGGGUUCUGGUCCCGCUCGUGUGUUCGGUGUGGAACGAUGUGGUGCAUCAACUGCGCUUCAGAUAAAUCUGCGGCCAACCUGCACAACAAGCUGCUGUACUGUGUGGACGGAGAAUCUCACUGUCCAGAGGGGCUCACGUUCUCUGAUUCAUCUUUUGGCCACCUUCCUUCAUCUUUGCAUCACUAUAGCAACAGCCAUCUCUCCAGCCCCUGUGAUGUCUACAGCUCUGCCACCACCAGAGGGUCCUCUGGAGCCUCACAAACACACACACAGGCUGGCUCACCUGUCUCUCCGACCAGUCCUGCAAGUCUGGCCUGGGCUCAGCACAGUCGUCACCAGCCGGCCAGUCUGGCACUCCGAAAACAGGAAGAGGAGGAAAGCAAACGCAGCAAGGCACUAUCAGACAGCUAUGAACUCUCAACAGACCUCCAGGACAAGAAGGUGGAGAUGCUGGAGAGGAAGUAUGGGGGCCAGUUUGUUUCCCGGCGAGCAGCGAGGACAAUCCAGACGGCGUUUCAGACAAUACCGCAUGAACAAGAACUUUGAGAAGCUUCGCAGCUCCGCUUCUGAGAGCAGGAUGAC